CCCUUUACACUUAACUCCGAAGAGCUUGAGCUGCUCAGUCACUACAUUACACAUACGAGUCGCUCCAUUCCCUUCGACACAGACGAGUUAUAUGCCCUCCACGUGGGGAUACCCAAUCUCGCUUUCGGCAGCCGACCGGUCAUGGGCUCCAUGCUGGCACUCUCAGCAGUCUGCAAGUGCUACGACAUUGUGAGGCAUUCGCACGCGCCUCUAGAGAGGCUGGAGGAGAUCAAGGGCCUGUUUGUUCUGGCAGAUCGACAUCACAGGACAUCGCUGCACCAGAUCCAGGCGGCCAUAUACGACGACCAUUUUGACACCGUCCUGGCCAACGCCCCCUUGAUGGUGCUCUACGCAUUGGCUGGUCAUUGUGUUCGAGUGUCAUUGGCUCAGAAGGCAAAGAGAAGCGGAAAAUCGCUUUCCAACGAAAUGUUCCCAUUGCAAUCGCAGUGGAUCACCUCGAUUCGUGCUGCAUACGUAGCCUACGUUGGGGUACACAACAGUUCAAGCCCUACCAGCGACUUUGACGACGGCGUACCAACUUCUCCUUGCACUGUCAAGGACGACUCUCCUUCACAUAUGGCCGCCUUGUCUGGAGGUAGCCUUUAUCCCCCCGAGGAUGGCCCUUCGGAAGGGACAAGGCGGCUACUGCUGCCGAUAGUGUCCGCCACAUACGGAACCGCCAUGGAGAAGCUUACGGAACGAGCGCGAACUGUUUGGCUUGAGGAGGCCGGCUCAAACACCCACGCAGGAGAUUCUAGCAACCCAGAGUUGCAAGCAUGCCUUGCGUCUCUCAAACUUUUGGAUGAACUGUUCACAACAAUAUUCUCUGACACCCAGCCAAACCACGAACUGUCUCCACCAGCAUCAUCUACCUCAGGCUUGCAACUGAAUGGACUGGAUAAGGCCUCUCCAUGGUUGAGAAGAUAUAUGGCCCGUGUUACUUCCGCUACGCCCUCCAAGUUGUGGCGACGAACCAUCAUGGCUUUCCUCAAUCGCGUUCCACUCGAAUACCUCCAGCUUGUUCAGUCAGCUCUCGAUCAUAUGCCUGUCGCGACAACUCAGAGUGACCCUAGUUGUUUCGAUAAAGCCAUAAAGCUUGGUGCAGCGCAACAGCUGGCAAUGAACAUAUUUUCCCAUUGGUUGGUUCUUGUUAUGCUGCUGGACGGAGUAUGGUGGAUUGGAAGCAUCGGACAAUGGGAACUUGGGAGGAUCCUCUCGUUUACGGAAGCCCAAUGCUGGACUCUAGAACCAACAGAGACUGGGGGAACUUGGUGGCCAGAGAGCAUGUAUGCUGUCCAGAAAGCAAUUGCAGAGCCUGUAGAAUGA